AUGGAUCUCCCUAAGAUUUUAGAGCACCUGAAUGACAUUCAUCAGAAUGAGACCGAGAAGAACGAGUACAUUCAUUUUGCUGAAGAUUUAAGGACCAUGCUAUCAGAAUCUUCUAAAAAACCCCUUUUGAGCUGUGCCACCUCUGAUUUCACAACAAACACCAUGAUUACCAAGCUGAACAAUCUUCUUCCCAAGACCUCCCAACAUCAGGAAAUCAGUCUCUUCAGUCUGCUUGCAAAAUACGCAAACUCUGCCAAGCUAAGUUUGAAUAUCCCCACAAGUCUUGUCAGAAUCGAACAUCUCCCUGAGCUAUACAUGAUACAAACUAAAAGAGAAAAAAUUGUCCAAUCAAAAGAAAGCACCUUUGAAGAAUUCAUGAGUCUCACAACAGUCAAAAACGACACAGACUUCCCUACCUUUUGCUAUAAAAUCCCAGGCAAAGAUGCGAUUGCUAUUUUUUCAGCUGACAUUGCAGAAAAACUAUGAAAUUCCUCAGAAGACCAUGCAGUUUUGCAGUAUUUUAUCCAAAGCAAGACCAAUCCUGCCACAAUUACAAGAGUUUUGUGGAGGAAAGGCAUGAAAAACAAGUAUUUUACUAUCACAAACCGCAAAAAGGUAUCAAGAAGACUUAAGAAAAGCGUGACCAUGAUUCCAGGUCUGACCUUCAAGCGAGGAAAGAUAACAGAUUUCAAGAAUGCUGGGAUGAUGAACCCUGUAUCUCAAUCAGCAAAUUGCCCAUUCAGGCCAAACUCAAAAACGCCUGGGAGUAAAAAAAAUCUCACAAUGAUCGACCAUUCUCAACACAGCAGUGGCGAAGAAUCAAAUUUCAAAAAAUCAUUCACAUCAGCUGUAGCAAAAUAUACACAAAAUUAUGAUGCAUAUGAACCUCCUACGUCCUCAACAGAUACUUCAGGUCCUGAAGACCAUAAUAAAGAGUACAUUGUUUUUACAAAAGAUGUGGAGAGCUGCUAUGCGAUGGAAAGCUACGCAAAAAUCGCAGAAAUUGAGCUGAUGGUAGACCAAAUUGUGGAGUUUUUGAAUUGGGAAGUAUUUAAACAUCAUGGACUUAAAGGGCUUGUCCUUGAUUUUAUUAAGGACAAGAACAAUAAUUGGUUUCUGUUAGAAUGCAAAGAGCAUUUUGUUGACUAUAUGGUGCCUGCAGACCAUGAAAAGAAUAGGAGAAAAGCAGUGAUGGAUAAAUCCAGGACUCCUGAUCUAUAUGAAAGGUCAGAAUCAAGCAUCCACAGUAAUGAUUCUGAGCUUAGACGUCAGGAAUCUUGUGUCAAUGACUCACCUUUGUGUGAAAUAAAAGAAGAAGACUCCCGUUUACCAUGCCCUUUCAAAAUAAGGACAAAGCCUAAGAAAAUCGACCACGACCCUGUAUCAGAAAAAGACCUAAUGGAGCGCCUCAAUAAAGUUAACGCAAAAAUAGACAGACUUAAUGCUCAAAAAUCCCCUACAAGGCUCAGCCCUCUAAAUAAAGAAGAAAGCAUCCAAGACUACCUCAACAGUUACAACUUCGUCAAAUGUCCGCUACGAGAGCCGCUCACUCCAUGUCCUGUUUCUCCCCGUCUUAUCCAAUCCCGUUCCACAACUCAUUUAGACCGCCUUAUGAACGACGACAAGCGACUCGUCUACUCACGAAAAGUUUUCACAGAAACCGUCGACAACUUCGACGAAAUGGCUCUCAACGUAAAAAUAGCGAAAAUAAAAGAGCAAGAUAUCAUUGAUAAAUACGGAGGGAUCGACUUCUGAAACAAGUUUAUUAUAUCGUUGUACAAAAAAGUAUUAGCAAGUGAAAUAUUAAACAAACACUUCAAAAAUUCGAAGCUAGAAAGCUUCGAACAGAUUGUGGUGGGGAUGUUUAGAAUCCUGAAUGGGAAAGUUAAUUUGGAAUUUAGGAGACAGCUGAGGGCAGCGCAUGCUAUUAAAGGGAUUUUGGGGAUGGAGUUUGAUUGCUAUUGCGAUUUGUUUGAUAGCACGCUGUCUGAGUUUAAUCUUGAUGAAGAUGAUAGACAAGGAAUCAGCUCACAAAUAAGGAAUAUGAAGAGUCUUAUAUGUCGACAAGUAUAA